CCGCGUUGGUCCCCGGGCCUGGCGCCCGCGUCCGGCCCGGCUCCGCGGCGGCCUGGUCCGAUGGCUCCUCAGCGGAGGGCAGCAACCAAGGCGCCCGAGGGCAACGGAGCGGCCGAGCGCCGGAACCGGAGCAGCACCAAGAAGGACCGAGCCCCACGAGAGGUGCAGAGGCUGUGGCAGAGGCCAUGGCUAAGGACCGCGGGCCUGGGGGCCGGCCUUGUGCUCACUGCACUCCUGCUCUGGAGCAGCUUGGGGGCCGACGACGGGGUCGCAGAGGUCCUGGCCCGCCGUGGCGAGGUCGUGGCAGGGAGAUUCAUCGAGGUGCCCUGCUCUGAGGACUACGACAGUCACCGCAGGUUCGAAGGUGUAUUAGCCGGCUCUGGCCCUGAUUCCCUGGAAGGGCAUGCACCGGUGGCCUUGGAAACUGCGUCUCACCUUGGCUGUCCCCUCACAGGCUGCACCCCCAGAAAGUGCGGCAGAGGUGUCACCGAUGUCGUCAUCACCAGGGAGGAAGCGGAGCGGAUUCGCAGCAUAGCUGAGAAGGGGCUCUCCCUGGGAGGAUCUGACGGAGGGGCAUCCAUUCUGGACUUGCACUCAGGGGCCCUGUCUGUCGGGAAGCACUUUGUGAACCUGUACAGAUACUUCGGGGAUAAAAUACAGAACAUCUUCUCAGAGGAGGACUUCCAGUUAUACCGGGAGGUGCGGCAGAAGGUCCAGCUCACCAUUGCUGAGGCUUUCGGCAUCAGCGCGUCCUCGCUGCAUCUGACCAAGCCCACCUUCUUCUCCCGCAUAAACAGCACGGAAGCGCGGACGGCACACGACGAGUACUGGCAUGCGCACGUGGACAAGGUGACCUACGGCUCCUUCGACUACACCUCGCUGCUGUACCUCUCCGACUACCUGGAGGACUUCGGUGGAGGGCGGUUCGUGUUCAUGGAGGAGGGCGCCAACAAGACGGUGGAGCCGAGAGCUGGUCGCGUCUCCUUCUUCACCUCAGGGUCCGAGAACCUGCACCGGGUGGAGAAGGUCCACUGGGGCACCCGUUACGCCAUCACCAUCGCCUUCAGCUGCAACCCUGACCAUGGCAUUGAGGACCCAGCGUUCCUGUAGCCGGCAGCCGAGCCAAGGUAACUUCAGGAGGGCCCGUGUGGAGGCAGCCGCGCCAGUUGUGCGCCCGCCCCCACGUCCACCCACUCCCGUUGCACAGAGUGCCUUAGGAAUUCUCUGAUUUUGAUUUGCUGAUGUGUUAAUCUUUUCAUCCGUGAGUAAAUGGAGGGAACCAGCUUUUCACUUCUCCAGCAUUGUGUGUGCUUGGGCUGUAGGCCUGGGAGCCUGAGCUGGAGGCCAGCCCUUCCUUCAGGAAAGGGACCCAGCAGGACGGGGCGCAAGUCCCCAUCUGUGAACGGACGGGACUCAUCCACCGAGGCCUCGUCCAGGUUCAGCAACCCCCUGGCCCAUCAAAGACUGGCUAAAGCAUCAGCCAUAAAUGGGGACAAACGUGGGGCCAGCAGCUUCCGCUUGGGGUCUCGGCAUCAGCAAACCGCGGCAGCUUUGGAGAAGGGUCCGUGAGUGGCGGCUCUGGAGGCAGCAACGGGGUCCUUUGGGGUGGGUGGGAGUUCUGCUGGAUUCAGGUGGACGUGAACAUCUGCCGUUCCCACAGACCUGCGUGCACCCCCAAUGCUGCCGGCCCACGAAUCACCAUGGGCACCACGGCCCCACCACGCCAGGCUUGGCCCUGUCAGCGGCCAGCAUCCCGAGGGCCAGGGUCCGAGUGUCCUCACCAAGGAGGCUCUUGGUGUCACUGUGCCGGCCCCCGUGGGCCUUCUGCUGGGUCAAGGAUAGGUCUCCUCCUCCCCUUUUGCCCUGGCGUUAAACUGAUGGUCAGGCUGGGCACGGUGGCUCACACCUGUAAUCUCAGCACUGCAGGAGGCCGAAGCAGGAGGAUCACUUGAGGUCAGGAGUUCAAGACCAGCCUGGCCAACAUGGUGAAACCCUGUCUCUACUAAAAAUACAAAAACAAAUUAGCCAGGCGUGGUGGCGCAAGCCUAUAAUCCCAGCUACUGGGGAGGCUGAGGCAGGAGACUCACUUGAACCCAGGGGGCAGAGGAGGUUGCAGUGAGCCGAGAUCGUGCCACUGCACUCCAGCCUGGGUAACAGAGUGAGACUCCAUCUUAAAAAUAUAAAAAUAAAGUAGUGGUCAGAGGAGCCCCGAAUAGACAGCUGUGGAGAGGCCUGGGUGGGGUGGCUGGCAGGGAGGACAGGCCAAGCCCAGUUUCUGCCCACAGUCACCUCGAGGUGACUGUCCAGGGGUUUGGGCACCUUCCCGGGAGGGGGACGGCUGCCCACCCUGAGUGGUGUCGAAGCUGGGCUCUCCUGGAUGCCCUGACCCAGCUGCCUGGGGACAGCCCUGGGCCCUUCCUCCCUCGGCCCCUCCUGCCUCGGUCCCUCCUCCCUCAGCCUGUCUGGCAUAGAUCCAUCUUCCCCAGCCCCUGGCACAGGUGCCUCUGACUGGAGGAGGCCCCACCUGUGGCCUGGGAGCUGCUCUGGGGGUUGAUAAAGAAAGGGGCAGCAUUCCUGGGCCCUGGGAAGGAGCGGGCAUGAGGCCAGCUGAGGCAUGGUGACCCCUGGGUAUGGGGGACUUGGGGGCUGUACCUCGGUUUGCCCAGGGCCCCUCCUGCACCACGGGCCGUCUCAGGGCUACUGGGGCCACGGGCCACAUGCGGAGGAUGGCGUGGGAUAGGCUCCCUGGGUCCACAGCUUCUGCCCGUGUAUGGGGAGCCCUCAUUGGUCAGGGCUGCAGGCUCUGGGCAGAUGGUGCAGGAACCCUGAGGCUCCUGCGCCCUCCCAUGGCCUCUGACGAGGCACGAUUCUGAAGGACUCCAUGGAUCUGGGAGGAUGAGGCCCACCUCCGGUUGGUGGACAAAGCCGUCCUCGCGGGGCCGGCUGCUUCAUGGACGCUCUCCGGGUCGGGCCGGUGGGCCCCAUCCUGGGUGGGAAGUCGCCCGAGCCUGGGCCGCCCUUGAGCUUCUCCCAGUCUUGACUUUCCGGAGGGUCCGUGGCUGUGGUCACAGUCGGGGCAGGUGGAAAAUGCUGCAUGGAAACUUGAUCCUGUCACCUUGGAGUAAAUGAUGAUGUCGCCGGCUUCUCGCCACAUCUAAAGGAUAAAUGCAUUUGAAGAAAGUGGGUGUUGGGUUUAUUAUGGGUUAAAGUGCUUUUGAAAUAAGUAAAUUAUUUGAUUUUCA